GGGCAGGCCGCGGGACAGCCGCAGGUGGGGCCAGAAGCGGUGGCCGGACCAGAGCAGCCCCGCAGCCCCGCGCGGGAGCCACGAUGCCCCGUGGGGACUCGGAACAGGUGCGCUACUGCGCGCGCUUCUCCUACCUUUGGCUCAAGUUCUCUCUCAUCGUCUAUUCCACCGUGUUCUGGUUAAUUGGGGGCCUGGUCCUGUCAGUGGGGAUCUAUGCAGAGGUUGAGCGGCAGAAAUACAAAACCCUGGAAAGCGCCUUCCUGGCCCCUGCCAUCAUCCUCAUCCUCCUGGGUGUAGUCAUGUUCAUUGUGUCCUUCAUCGGGGUGCUGGCUUCCCUCCGGGACAACCUGUGCCUUCUCCAGUCGUUCAUGUAUAUCCUGGGGAUCUGCCUCAUAAUGGAGCUUAUUGGUGGCAUAGUGGCUUUAAUCUUCCGGAACCAGACCAUUGACUUUCUGAAUGACAACAUCCGGAGAGGAAUUGAGAACUACUACGAUGACCUGGACUUCAAGAACAUCAUGGACUUUGUCCAGAAGAAGUUCAAGUGCUGUGGUGGGGAAGACUACAGAGACUGGAGCAAAAAUCAGUACCACGACUGCCACGCCCCCGGACCCCUGGCCUGUGGCGUGCCCUACACCUGCUGCAUCAAGAACACGACAGAUGUCGUCAACACCAUGUGCGGCUACAAAACGAUCGACAAGGAGCGCCUGAGUGCACGGAAUGUCAUUCAUGUGCGGGGCUGCACCAACGCCGUGUUGAUAUGGUUCAUGGACAACUACACUAUUAUGGCAGGUCUCUUACUGGGCAUCCUGCUUCCUCAGUUCUUUGGUGUGUUGCUGACACUACUGUACAUCACCCGAGUGGAAGACAUUAUCUUGGAGCACUCUGUCACGGAUGGAUUGCUGGGACCUGGUGCCAAGUCCAGCGAGGACACAGCGAGCACUGGGUGCUGUCUGUGUUAUCCCAAUUAGGACCUGGUCUGGCACAGCAGCCUCAGCAGGACUCUGCCGCACAGCACCUCCCGGUCUACACAAGCCAGACAGGACCAGCUCCAGCUCCUCUGCCCGCUCGUGGCACUGACCAAAGCCCAGGGUGUAUGUGCCUGUGUACAGUGUCCAGUGGCCGCUCCUCCCAGGGGAAGGUUGAGCCCUGGGAAAUCCCAGGGAACAGGGAUGGCCCAGCUGUGGUUCUGGGCCCCAGAGAAGGAAGCUCAGGGCUUAGUAUGGGCUCAGUUUACUUCUCGAAGUGCCUUGGCCAGUGGUCAUCAUGCCCCUUCAAGAGCAGUUUGCAGUGAAUUUUGAGGAGAGAAGAGAAUGUGUUUGUUCCAUGGGGCAGGAAGUGCUGGGUUCAGCCCUGGUAACACUGCUCCAGAUGUGUGCUUGGGCCAUGUCUCCAAUUUCCAGGUGCCUUGAGCCCUCAGGAAGGCUCCUGCAUUGCCCACCCAUUUUCUACGUGGUUUUUAUAACAUACAUGUUUUAUACACAAUUAACAAGAGGUUCUGGCUACUCAAACUAGCCACCAGCACUAUCCCCUCCCCCAUCCACUCAUCCUUCCCAGUCAAUUCAUUAAUCAAACAAUAAAGAUGUGAUUUUUUUUGG